AUGGGGGGCGGUAGGUUCACGUAUAUCUCUGAUCGCGGAGACAAAUUAAGCAAACUAGAUCGGUUCUUAGUAUGCUGUGGAUUUAUGGAGAUGUGGCCUUCGGCCUCGGUUCUAGCCCUUAACCGGGUUACUUCGGAUCAUCGACCUUUAUUGCUAUCCACUACUCCUACGGAUUUCGGACAUAUACCGUUUAGGUAUUAUAAUUCUUGGAUGGAGAUCCCGGGUUUCAAGGAUAUGGUGCAAAGUAAGUGUAUGUCUUUUAAUUUUAAUGGUCCGGCCGAUUUGGCUCUGUCAGUAAAACUUAGAUGGCUGAAAAAUAGUAUCAAAGCUUGGCUGAAAAUCGAGAAGGAUAGAUCUGGCAGGGAAUACUUGGAGAAAAAAAACCGCAUUCAAACUUUAGAAACUCUGGAUGAGUUUAGGCCCUUAAACGAUGGUGAGCUAAAUGAAAGAACAGAAUGUAUUAAUGUUGUUAUGGAGGUGGAUCGAAGAAAAUUAAUGGAUGAUUGGAAAAAAUCUAGGACUCGUUGGGCAUUAGAAGGCGAUGAAAACGCAGCUUUUUAUCAUUGCGUUAUUAAUUCCAACAUCAACAAUAAUCGCAUAAGUGGCCUCAUGAUAAAUGGAUCUUGGGUUACAAAUCCGGUGAAGAUAAAAGAAAGUGAUUUCUUUAAACUCUUUCAACAAUUCUAUGCCAAAGGGUCCAUCAAGGGAUGUUGCACGUCUUCUUUUCUGGCUCUAAUCUCGAAAGUAAAGGAUCCUACCUCUCCUACUGAUUUUCGGCCCAUUAGUCUAAUCGGUGUCAUUAACAAAGCGAUCUCAAAAGUCUUAGUAAAUCGGCUCAGAAAGGUUGUGGGGAAACUCAUAUCGGAGGAGCAUUCGGCUUUUUUGGCCGGAAGAAAUAUCACUGAUGGGCCCCUCAUUCUAAACGAGUUAAUUGCAUGGUUGAAGAAGUCAAAAAAAUCAGGAAUGAUGUUCAAAGUUGAUAUCCAUAAAGCUUUUGAUUCUCUAAAUUGGAACUUCCUAGACUCAGUUAUGGAACAAAUGAAUUUCCCGGAUCAGUGGAGGACUUGGAUUAUGGCUACUCUUGUGUCGGCAAGAGCCUCGGUUUUGGUGAAUGGAUCGCUGACCAUGGAGUUUACAUGUUACCAUGGCUUACGCCAAGGAGACCCGUUGUCUCCGUUUUUAUUUGUUAUUGCUAUGGAGGCGCUCACCGGUAUCAUGAAGAAGGCCGUGUCGGAAGGUAUAUUUGAAGAGAUUUGGUGCACAAGCAACGGUCCGAGUUUAUCUCAUCUUAUGUACGCCGAUGACGUCAUCUUCCUUGGUAAGUGGUCAAACGAAAAUGCACUUAAUUUACGCAGAAUUUUAAGGUGUUUUUACUUGGCGUCUGGGUUAAAAAUAAAUCUUUGCAAGUGUACCAUGUUUGGGGUGGGGGUUAACGAUGAUGACGUGCAUCGGAUGGCAGAUUUUAUGAAGUGUAAAAAAGGCUCCUAUCCCGUAAAACAUUUGGGUUUGGUUGUUGGAGCUAAUAUGAAUCUGGUACGUAAUUGGAAACCGGUAAUUGAUUUAUUUAGAAACUGGCUGUCACUUUGGAAGGCAAAAAGUCUCUCGUACGGUGGAAGAAUUACCUUACUGAAAUCGGUCUUAAAUUCACUAUCGACUUACUUUUUCUCAUUGUAUAAAGCACUGAUAAAAGUUUUGGAUACUUUGGAAAGAAUUAGGAGAACUUUCUUUUGGAAUGGUUCGGAUGACAAUUCGUAUACAAGUUGGUUAGCAUGGGAGAAGGUUAUCGCCCCAUCCGAAUAUGGGGGUUUAGGCUUCGGCUCAUUACGAGACGCCAACUUGUUAAUGUUGUCGAAAUGGUGGUGGUGGUUCAAGAUAGAUAAAGAUGGGCUUUGGAGAAGGGUCGUAUGGGCAGUUCACCAUAACGAAAGAUCAUGGGCUUCAAUCCCGGGAAAGGUUACUAUACCCGGUCCUUGGAAACAAAUAGUUGGCAUUCGUACAUACCUAAACCAAGUUGGUAUUAAUCUGGAUCAACUGAUAUGGUGUAAAGUCGGUACCGAGUCUAUGGCAGCUUUCUGGUUGGAUUACUGGAUAGGAAAUCAGCCCCUGUACAAGGCAUUUCCUCUUCUUUUUGCGUUGGAAAAGGAAAAGAUGUGCAGUAUCGCGGAUAGAGUUAUAUGGGGCGCCACUGGUGCGAAUCUCACGUGGGAUUGGAACAGGUCGGUCAUGAAUUAUGCUGAGGAAUUACAGUUACAAAACCUUACAACCUUAUUAUCCAACUUUAAUGUGGUUGCGGGUCGUGAUGAAUGGAUAUGGAAGUUGUACCCGUCGGUGGGUUUCUCGGUGGCAGACAUAAAAAAUAAGGCUGCGGUGUAUAACCGAAGCAUCCCGGAUUAUAUAUUUCUUUGGAAUAAUAGUGUCCCGAAAAAAGUUGGAGUCGUAUCGUGGAGGGCGGUGUUGGAACGACUGCCGAAAAGAGCUGCAUUGGCUGCUAGGAAUAUUGAUGUAGGAGAUACGCGAUGUCCUUUUUGCGGUGAAUACGAAGAAACAAGUGAGCACCUUUUCGCAUCAUGCCAAUUCUCACAGAUGGUUUGGAGUGUGAUUACGCAAUGGUGUAAGGUCCCACCUUUGAUUGCCUUUAGCUUUAAAGAUGUGCUUGAUUUACACCUUACUGUGAGUGGGUCAAAAAGGAGGAAAAAGGUCCUUAAUGCCAUUACCCAGGUUGUUGUUUGGAGCAUGUGGAGAAUGCGAAAUGAAGUUAUAUUCAAUCAUGCUAGCCCAAGUGUGGUAAAGGUGGUGGAAGAAAUAAAGUAUAUGGCUUUUCUGUGGAUAAAGAAUCGGAUGGGAUCUUUGGGUUGGUCGUGGAGUGAUUGGCAAAGUUUUAAUAUUGUAAUGUAA